AUGCAAUCCUACAGCGGUUUUUCCCAGUUUGGCAACCCAGUCCGCGUGGCCUCCAUGCCGAUGGCAGGUCCUCACAGCGCAGCACAGCACUCGGCUCAACGUCCCAAAGAACGGGGCCAGUGGGCAAACAAAGUCGAGUUUCUUCUGACUGUAGCUGGCGCUAUUAUUGGACUAGGAAAUGUCUGGAGGUUUCCGUAUCUGUGCUACAAGAAUGGUGGAGGAGCGUUUUUUGUGCCAUACCUGCUGUACCUGGUGACAUGUGGGAUUCCGCUGUUUGUGCUGGAGACAUCCCUGGGCCAGUACACCAGCCAAGGAGGCAUUACCUGCUGGAGGAAAAUCUGCCCACUGUUCGAGGGUAUGGGAUACGCCAGCCAGUUAAUUAUCAUCUACGGAAGCAUCACCUACAUCGUCAUAAUGGCGUGGGCUUUUCUCUACCUCAUAUCUUCAUUCAGUUAUGAGCUGCCCUGGGCCACCUGUAAGAACUCCUGGAACACAGAUUCUUGUCAAAUCCUUGGCAGGACUAAUGGCACAGAGGAACUGCCCAAUCUUCUUAAUGCUUCUUCUUCUGUUAUGGAGUUUUGGCGCCGCAGGGUUCUCAGGUUGUCCAGCGGGAUAGAGAAUCUGGGCAGCGUGCAGUGGGAUCUGGCUCUGCUUUUGCUCCUGGUCUGGAUCAUAGUGUACUUCUGCAUCUGGAAAGGAGUCAGGUCCACUGGCAAAGCGGCCUACUUCACGGCUACCUUCCCAUACGUUAUACUGUUGGUAUUGCUACUGAGGGGAGUGACUUUGCCUGGGGCCACGGACGGUAUCCGUUUCUACAUGUAUCCCAACAUAACACGGCUGGCUGAUCCACAGGUUUGGAUGGAUGCUGGGACCCAGAUUUUCUACUCGUAUGCCAUAUGCCUGGGUUAUCUCACGUCACUUGGCAGCUACAACAAAUACAACAACAACUGUUACAGAGAUUCUUUCCACCUGUGCCUGUUGAACAGUGGCACCAGCUUUGUGUCUGGAUUUGCCAUUUUUUCUGUGCUGGGACACAUGGCCAAGACACAGGGUGUGGACAUUUCUCUGGUGGCCGAGUCUGGUCCAGGGCUGGUAUUCAUUGUGUACCCUCAGGCCGUGAACCUGCUACCCUUCCCCCAGCUCUGGUCUGUGUGUUUCUUCAGCAUGAUCAUCCUUCUGGGCUUGGACAGUCAGUUUGUGGGGCUGGAGAGCCUCAUGACCUCUGUGACGGACGUGUUUCCGGACAUGCUCAGACGAGGUUAUCGUAGGGAACUGCUCCUGCUGAUGCUCUGCUCCUGCUCUUUCCUACUGGGCCUCUUCUCUGUGACUGAGGGCGGUCUCUAUAUCAUGCAGCUUUUUGACCACUAUGUGUGCAGUGGUGCCACUCUCCUGUUCCUAGCCAUAUGUCAGGCUGUGGCCAUCGCCUGGGUCUAUGGUGCUGAUCGCUUCUUUGACAAUAUCGAGGACAUGAUUGGCUACCGGCCUUGGCCUUUUGUCAAGUACUGCUGGCUGUAUGCAACUCCCAGCAUUUGCCUGGGAACUUUUAUCUUCUCGUUGGUCAAGUACAGUCCUUUGAAAUUCAACAACACAUAUAUGUAUCCGUGGUGGGCGUAUGGGCUUGGCUGGUUCCUUACUGGUUCUUCGCUGUCUCUCAUCCCCAUCACCAUGAUCUACAAAUUAUACAUAGGCAAAGGCACCUUCAUGGAGCGCCUACAGGUGCUGUGUUCACCUGCCUCUGACCUUCCUGGGGCUGAUAGACAGCUAAAUCAACUCUACCCAUUGUCACACCCUAAGGAGGAGGAGAAAUGCAUUCAAAGCCCAUAG